AUGGACAAUAUGAGAAAUAAAUAUAAGACAAACAACUUACAAUACUUAUAUACAGCGCCAGAUUAUUCUAGUUCGGUUGUGGCCAGUUCUUUCAAACCAAUGAAUGAAGAUAUAGUACAACAAAGUCAACAGAGAGUACCGUAUAAUGUGGGUGAAAUGGAAGAAGCGGAUACACUAAAAAGUCCGUCUGAUGAUGAUAGUGAAGACAAAUAUCGCCGCUUAGAUUCAUUAGAGAAAAUCUCCGUAUACUAUUAA